GCUGGUGGCUGGCGCAGAGCUGUUUACCGGAAGCAGGCCAGCUGUGUCCUCCGGGGCCCGCAGAGAAGACAUGUCUCAAGCAGGACACCUCUCCAGGAGCCUCAUCUUGUGCACCUUCCUGCAGGAGCACGGGCUGCAAGCGGUGGAGGAUCCCGGCGUGACCAGCCUCCUCCAGUACUCGCCUGAGCCCCUCGGAGCCCUCCCUCACGAGGUGGCCAUGCGGCUGGCCUGCAUUGGGGACGAGUUGGAAGUGAGAUGGACGCUGCCCCGCUUUGCCCACGUGCCCUGGAUGGCCAUGUACAGCUUCGCGCACACCUACAACCAGACCGGCCUGAGGGUGGUCCUUACCAGUGUUAUGGGUGGUCUCCCUUACCUCAGGGGGAACAGAAGGUUCUGGAGCUUCCUGAUCCUCAGGGCCUGGGUGUCCCCCCGCCAGGGACGGGGGCGCAAGCUGUCCGGGCUGCUGCUGCUGGCGCUGCUCCUAGACUGGGGCCUGCACCUCCUCCAGUGACGCGCUGCUGGCCAGCGCGGGGCGGGCUGGCCCCUCCCCCCCCACCACCCUGGAGGUGGCCUUGUUGGUUUUGUCUUUUUAACUGUUUUCUUAUGAUCCCCUUUUUAUAUUUAAAUUCUGAGUGCUGGGACACUCCUGAGGUUUCAUACGUGUUUUUUUGGUUUUGUUUUUUGUAAGAGAAAUGAAUUAUACCUCUGGGAUCUUCAUGGCUAACUGUUCUCCUGGCCCCAGGAGCCAUCCUCUCCUGUGGGCCAUGCAGCAGGCGCUGGGGGAGUGCUGGUCACACCCUUGUCUGCGAUGCCUGCAGCAGAGAGAAUCUGCUGGAGUAGAUUUUGAGGGGUGAGGAGAGUCAAUAAAAUGUUGGUUUCCAUU